UUGCGUCGCAAUGCCCCAACAUGCUCCUACUCGUUCCAAUACUCUCCAAUCUAUAGUAUACGUAUGUAAUACGAUAAUACCGUUUUUCUCUGCUACUAUUGCGUUACGUAUACUAUAGAUUGGAGCGUAUUGGACCGAGCAGCGAGCAGGAGCAUGUGUAGGGGCAUACGACGCGACAAACCUAUAGUGUAUCAUCAGUGUAUAUACACUCGUCUCGGUGGUACGAUUCGUUUGUUUCCUUAUAUAGUAAAUCGAGACAUUGUCAGAAAGAAACUGUGUUAUCAUGAGCAAUACGAUUACCCAGGAAGAUUAUGAUGCGGAGAUUAAGGAUUUAAUGGAAAGUCUUGACAUAACCGAAGAGGAGGCAAUCGAAGAUGCUAUUAAAUGCUAUGAAAUGGAGGGAGUAGAUCUGAGCAACAUAAUCACAGAUUUAAUUCUUGAGGACAAAUACAAACAAAUAGUGAUAUGUUUGGAACGACUUACGUGCGCUGUAAACGACAAGAGUUACGAAUAUGUACCGGAAACGUUGCAAGAAUUGCGAUCCGAAUUGGAUAAGGACAUUCGACACAGGGUGUUUGCAGGCAAGCGCAAGUGUUAUAACAUUCUGAUAGAUCUUCUAAAAGCGUGUGAAAAAAGUCAUGGAAUAUUUAUAUCCGCACUGGAAACAAUUACUUCGUUAAUGGCCGGCUAUCCGGACUUGUUGGACGACGAUGGAAUUGCUUUGCAGAUAGAGAUCUUUGAGAAACAUCUGGAUAGUGCAACGUUACAGUGCCUCAUGCGUUGGAUACGAGAGUGCUGUAUAAAACAUGAGCUAAACAGGCAAAAAAUCUUUGAUACCAACAUCUUUAAGAAACUGAAGAAAAUAUUAGUGCGCGAGGAUGUAUGUGCGAACGAAGUUAAAGAGGCGUGUUCAGUGAUCAGAGCGUUGGUCCUAGACGAUGAUAUCAGACACGAGUACGGCAAGGCCCAUGAACACGCAACUAUCAUGGCGAAGGAUGCUCUCGAUAUCCUCACAGGAUUAUUGAAAAGAUUUAAGAAGGACAAAAGGAUUGUAGGCGAUCUAAUGAUCACAUUGGCUGCAUUGGUCGUUCGAAAUGAGUUCUGCCAAGAAGUAGAGAACGCUGGUGGAUUAAAGUUCAUUUUGGAUAUAAUGACUGAUUAUCCAGAUUCUGAAAAGUUAAAUUGGCAGGCUCUGAAAUUGCUCAAAGCGCUCGCUGGCAAUGACAUCGUGAAAUCUCACAUUGUAACUUCGGGAUGCGCGCCUUUAAUUGUAUCCGCUAUCGGUAGAAUGAAGGGAUCAGAGAAUGUUGUAACUGCAGGAUUGGGUUGUAUAUCUGCAUUAACCUUACGAAGCACCUCGAACUCUGGUGUGUUUUAUGAUUGCGGCGCGGCUCAAGUAAUUGUAGACACUAUGAAGACUUAUCCUAAUCAUGUAAACAUUCUAAAGCAAGCCUCUUGGGCGAUUAGAAACAUGUCGGUGCGAAACAAAUCCGAAUCCAAGGAGUUCUUAAUAUAUGGCGCCGAGGAAGUGUUGCGAAAUGCGAUACAUGUGCACGGUUCCAAAUUGAAAGAUAAUGUAAAUGCUGCUUUAAGAGAUCUGGGCCUGAAGGUAGAGCUACAAGAAAGAUGGACAGGAAAGGGCAUCAGUUUGAGCAACGAACGUUAUUGACAACAUUAUAUCGGCAAAGUAUAGUAUAUCGAUUUUAUAUUUUGCUUUGUCUUCCCCUCUCACUGCUAUUAAUUAUUUGACAAAGCAACUUGACUUGUUUAACAAACUUGAUCAAUAAAAUGUUUGUGAAUUUAACAUAGCAAAAAGAUGAAAUAUUGGAUCAUGUAAUAUUACUAAAUGUGGUCUCAUUAUAUGUUACAAUACCAGAUGAUACUUGAUAAAAUAUUAACCUUUUUGUUGAUUGCAAUUAUAUUUUUAAUUUAGAAUUUAAAACAUUCCCCAAACCGAAAUUAAAUCUUAGCGAUACUUAAUAUCUUCUAUUCGCGGUAAACUAUUACACAGGAAUUUUUACAUACUAUUAUGUAUAUAUGAAGUUUAUAUAUAUAUAUGUGUGUAUGUACUAUACAUAUCUUUCACAUAUACUGCCAGAAACUUUCUUACACAUAAUUAUUGCUUUGAAAAUGUUUGAAAGAGUGUAAUUCAUCACACUAAACACACAUAAAACUUACGAAAAUUAUAUUGCAUUACAGCGAUAUUUGCGUAUCAUAAAUACUGAAAAGUGCCUAACAUUAAUAAAUCCAAGCACAUGAUAACAUUAUGUGAUAAUAACAAUAAAGACGGACCAUAAGCGA